GAACCCCAGGGCGAGAAGCCCUGGGAGGCCAAGGCGCGGGAACUCGAGGAGAUCGCCAGGGAGCACAGGCGCCGCCGCGAGGCGCGCGAGGCGGAGCGGCGGAGCGCCGAGGCGGAGGAGCAGCGCCGCGCGGCCGAGGAGGCCGCGGCCGCGGCCGAGCAACAGCGGCGCAAGGCCGAGGAGGCCGCCAAGCGCAAGGAGCUGCUCGCGCGCCAGGCCGCGGAGGCCGCCGAGGAGAAGGAGCGCGCGGAGCGGAAGCGGAAGGCCGAAGAGAAGCGGCGCCAGGAGGAGCAAGAGCAGUGGGAGCGCAACUUCCGGAGCCAGUUCGCCAGCGAGGCGCGCCAGAUGGAGGAGAAUCGGCGGGAGCAGCGGGACCCGAGCCCGUCCCAGGCCGAGCGCGAGGAGCAGGAGCGGCUCCAGCGCGAGGCGCAGCAGCGGCGGCAGCGGGAACGCCAGGAGCGCCAGGCGGAGCGGGAACGCCAGGAGGCCGAGCGCCAGCGGCAGGCGCGCGAGCGUGCCGACCGCGAGCGCCGCGCCGCGGAGUACGAGAACGAGGCGUUGGCCGUCGAGCUGCGAGGGGGGCCGGCCGUGCGCGCGGGGGCGGCCGCCGCCGGGAGGUCGCGGGUGGCCGACCUCUGA